AAAGGGAAGCUUAUAGGGUAUUUACCAUCUUGUUAAGUUCAACUGCCUGCCAAAUCUACUGAUGCAGGCACGCAACUCCAAUCAUUUGUAAAAGAUAAAAGCUGUUUUUCAAAGAAAUGGGUGAUGAUUAGGAUUUUUUCACUAUGGGAAGUGAUUUUAAAUGCUAAUUCCAUAUUUUUUUUAGAAGGGAAUUAUACGACGACGGAGUGUAAAAUAUAAAUAUACAAGUAUUGUGAGGGAGCACUUAUUUUUUUACGAUUUGUUGAGGGGAAAAAAGGAAACAUUGAUUUGAAAAGAAACUGCUGGGAUAGGGUUCACAAACAUUCUUGACUGACUUCACACACAGGAAAACAUAAAAGUACAGGUGAACCAUUUCCUCUGAACUUGGAGAAGUUUUCACAGGCAAAUAAGAUGGGGAACAAAUCAUCAAGCAAGAAGCUUCCCAAGGAAGACUUGGAAUUUUUGUGCUCAAAUACAAAAUUCACAAAGGCAGAGAUUAAAGAUUGGUACAGGGGUUUUAUGAGGGACUGUCCAGAUGGAUUGUUGUCAAAGUCCAAGUUUUUGGAAGUUUAUUCUACAUUCUUCCCCACCGGAAAUCCAGACAAGUUUUGUAAUCAUGUAUUUAGGUCCUUUGAUGGAGACAACAGUGGCAAAAUUGACUUUAAGGAAUUCUUGCUUGCCAUAAACAUCACCUCUGGUGGUGACCCAAAGAGCAAACUGAACUGGGCCUUCACUAUGUAUGAUAUUGAUGGGAAUGGUACCAUUGAAAAAGAUGAAAUGGUGGAAAUAAUUGGGGCAAUUUACAAUAUGCUGGGAAGUGCAUUGUGUGGACAAGGAGAAGACACACCAGAAAAAAGGACAGAGAAAAUUUUUGAAAAAAUGGAUGAAAAUGGUGAUGGACAUUUAACAAAACAGGAGUUUAUAGAAGGCUGCAUGAAAGAUCAAGUUCUGUAUCAAAUGCUAACAGCAGAUGCAGCAACCAACCAAUAAUGAUACCCUAAAAGAAUUAAUUCCAUUUCAUUCAACAUUUCACAAAGAACAAUUAUCUGCAGCGUGAGAGUUAUAUACACUGUGGCAAUGUGAGAGAAUCUUAUUGUUCCUAAACAAAGCACCUUCAGUAUCAGAUUGAUUUUUUUUAUAAGAUGUAAAAAGCAAAAAGAAAAAAAAACAUUGGUUAUUCUUCGUAUGUUUAAAAACCAAACUGAUUUUGUAUUUUAACUUAUCAAAUGCAAGCAAUGAGGUGUAAAACAUUUAAUUAAUGUCAGAGAAAAAAGCGUAAAAUUUGGAUUUAUUUAUAUGUAUAUAGUUUUCACCAUUUUUUGGUACUGAAUUAUUAUCACUUGAUUCCAUAAAAUUUGAUCAUAGAAUGUGAUAUGGUAUAAUGCUAACUUGUGGCUACCGAACAGUUUGUAUUUCAUUCCUCCAAGUCAUGUUUGUAUUCUGAAUGCAGAAGUUGGCUACAACAACAAUACAUAAAUAUCACUAUAACUCUUGAGUGAUACUCAUAGAAUUAGUCGCUGCCCAGUUUAUAUUGGCUGUCCUUUAGCAAGAUAAACAAGAUUUGAUUGUGUGCCUACAAUAUUGAAAACAGAUGGCACAGUAAUGGAAUCACCUUAUAUAAUAGUUUCUUUUGUAGAAUUUUUCAACUAUAAACACCAUAUAUAUUGCCUAUGUGUAAUCAAGAUUUUGCAUAUAUUUUAGUUGCAAAUAUUCAAAAAGCAAAGCAAUGUAAGUCCAAAAUCUGAGUGCAGCUUCCAGAGCUUGAUUAAGAAAGCAUUUAAUUAGUACAUGUAUCCUGUUAUUUCUGCCCCAACAUUUACACCUUUUUCCUAGAAAAACCAGUGAAGCUCAUCAUAAGUUUUUGGUAUUCAUUGUUGUGCAAGAAUGUUUCAUUAAAUGCAAUUCAUUAAUUCAUUGAUUUGCAUGCGGCUGCUAGCAUAAAGUAAUGGAUGUAUUCUACAAAUUAUUUAUGUUCAAUCUUUAAUUGUUUACAAACUGAUUGUUGUAAUCAAGUGAGCUCAUAUUGUACCUAAACCUCAGCUUCACUUCAUAAGUUUACACAAUGUGCAUCUCGUAGCAUAUAUAUUUUCUCCUUAAAAAGUUCAACGAAAAUUAGCACCAUGAUGGGAAGCAUUAUUUUCAGUUUUAGAAUUUGAGUUCAUUUGAAUAAAUCUCCAUAAAUUCAUUUAAGAUAUGUAUUUUUAAAUAAUGAAUUUUGGGAAUAACUUGUUUUAUGCAAGUGUAGUGAUUUAAAUAGAAAGGGAUUGAUAUUUUUUGUUUGUGAGUACCAAAGCCCACUAUUUCCUUUCAAGGUCUAACCCAUUUCUAAUUUCAAUGAAAUUGGAGGAUAUUUCAUUCUUUAAGUUAGAACAUAAAAUCAAAAUGUAAAAAUUGAAAAUCACAGAUCGUAAUUAAAACUAUAUAUGUUACCAAUAGUUCAGUGUAGUUGCAAUUUUUCAUUCCAUUAUAUAAAAGAAAUAUGUUCUGAUUCCAGUUUAUAACAUAGUGUAAUUAGUAAUUACCUAUUAUUAACAGUGUCCUAUUUUGUUUGCAAUUUUUUGUGUUCAUUUAUUUGAUUGUGUUCACUCGAUCCUCUCUGAAAUACAAAUUUGGUGUUCACAUUUGUUGUUAUAAUAACUAUGUAUUUCUUCUAUUAUUUUUGUUACUUUUAUGCCUAUUUUACACUAACUUUAUUGCUGGACAAUAUGCUGAUUAGAUAAUAUAUUAUACGUAUUAUGUGCAAAGCAUUAUCAUGAAAUAAAUGUUCGAAUAAGAGAAGAAUAAGUGAAA